ACUUUGUAUCCCAAUAACAUUUAGCUUUCGAAAGGCCAUGGAACAUUCUAGGGUUACCAUCCUCAUACUCAGCCUUAUGAUCUCUAUCUUUCAAUUACAACUUCACUCCUCACAUGCUAUCCCCAAUCAAGAUGUUAGCUACAUGAAGUUUGUUCAUAAUGCCACUGAUUUACCACCAAAAGAAGAAUAUGACUACAUAAUUAUAGGAGGUGGAACUGCAGGGUGUCCAUUAGCUACAACAUUAUCAUCAAAAUUCUCAGUCCUCCUUUUAGAAAGAGGCAGUGACCCCAACAAAUAUCCUUCUGUGUUGGAUGAACAAGGUCUAUUGAACGUUUUUGCUGCUGGAGAUGAUGGAAGAAAUCCCUUUCAACGUUUCGUCUCGGAGGAUGGCGUAGAGAACAUACGAGGACGAGUCCUUGGCGGAGGAAGCAUGGUCAAUGCCGGGUUCUAUUCGAGGGGACAUCGAGAGUUUUUCGCAAGUGCAGGUGUUGAUUGGGACAUGGAAUUGGUUGAGAAGGCUUAUGAAUGGGUUGAAGAAACUGUUGUAUCUCAACCAAUUUUGAAUGCUUGGCAAUCUGCUUUUAGAAGUUCUUUAUUGGAAGGUGGUGUUGUCCCUGAUAAUGGGUUUGAUUUAAGGCAUCUUGUGGGAACUAAAACUGGAGGUUCAAUCUUUGAUAAUAAAGGAAAUAGACAUGGAGCUGUGGAGCUUCUUAAUAAGGCUAAUCCCACAAAUAUUAAAGUUGCUAUUGAAGCCACAGUUCAAAGAAUCCUCUUCUCUGGUUUAUCAGCAAAUGGGGUGUUGUAUUCAGAUUCAAAAGGAAAGCUACACAGAGCAAUCAUUCGCAAAAAGGGAGAAAUCAUUGUAAGUGCAGGAGCCAUUGGAAGUCCUCAACUUCUCCUUCUAAGUGGGAUUGGCCCAAAAUCUCAUCUUUCAUCCUUAAAACUACCUGUCGUUCUUCACCAACCAUAUGUCGGCCAAUCCAUGUCCGACAAUCCCCGUUUUGGCACCAACAUCAUCAUUCCAUUUCCAGUUCUUCCUUCUUCUGUAAAAGUUGUUGGAAUUUUACAAGACAAUAUCUAUAUACAAUCUAUUGCCAGCCCUUUCCCAAUUUUAAUUCCCCAAAUUUUCAGUCUUCUUCCUCCUCAAGCCACUUCCAUCAUCCCAACCUUAGCCAUGUUUGUUGGAAAAUUCUCCGAAGUUCAUUCUGAAGGCUCACUUCGAUUAAAUUCCUCUACUAAUGUGAAAAAGAGUCCCAUUGUUGGAUUCAACUAUUAUUCACAUCCUGAUGAUCUUGGUCGAUGUGUUAAAGGUGUAAGAAAAAUGGGAGAUUUGCUUAAAACUCGAACUAUGGAAAAGAUUAAGACAAAAAAUUUGGAGGGUAAUAAAGGGUUUGAGUUCUUGGGUGUUCCACUACCGGAAAAUUUGUGGAAUGAUAGCUCUGUUGAAGAAUAUUGUAAAAAGACAGUGACUACUUAUUGGCAUUACCAUGGAGGAUGUUUGGUGGGAAAAGUGGUUGACGGUAAUUAUAAAGUGAUUGGAAUUAAAAAUCUGCGUGUUGUCGAUGGCUCCACUUUCUCUGAGUCGCCGGGAACUAAUCCCAUGGCCACUCUCAUGAUGCUUGGCCGAUAUGUUGGCCUUAAGUUACUCCAUCAAAGAUCGAAUCUCAAAUAAAUUACGAGGCCAAUUUUUGGUCAAUGUUCUUGUUAGUUGUUCGUCGGCUGCAUCUAUCUUGUUUUUUCCUUUAAUAUAAUUAAUGUGUAUUUUAUUAUGAUAGUUGUUUGUUCAUAUUUUUAAUGGGUUUCUAAAUAUUGUAUUAUUUUUUUCUUCUUAUUCCCACAAUAAACUUAUUGUUUUGUCUUCUCUUUUACUCAUAAAA